AUGAUGCCAACACUACAACCACUCGAGUGUGACGUUAUUGUGCCCAGCCGUUUCAGUGCUGUGCGACCGCGUACGUGGAAUCUCGUGAUGGACGAUACCGGUCGUGCACUGGCCGAGCGCUACGGCAGUGACAUGUCGUUCAAUCAAAUAACAGACGAAGCCGCUCUUCGCAAUCGUGAUCGCCGCAUGCGUGAAGAAGUUUUGAGGCGACGAUCUACUCUAUCCCCAGGAAUGAGAGAGGAGAGUCUUCACGAUACUUACAGUGUUGCCAAACAAGAUACAGGUGCGUCAACUGGGGUAGCGCAGUCGCAAGGGAAACAACAAGAAGGAGAGUCCCGAACGGCAGCAUAUUCCUUCCUCUCUGGACGUAUCACCACGGCAGGAGAGUCUGAGACGUUUGGACAGAGAAAGCAACAAGCACAUAAGCAAAAUGCUAUAUCGUAUGACAUCAUCCCUAGAGAAAUUCCAGUUUCCUCUUUUCACUAA